GUUGCUGGUUCAAACCCCUGUUCAGUGUGCUGCAGGCUGGAAUGUGAAGCAUGUGCCUCUUCUGGAGUUCCCGAUUCCAACCCUAGCCGGUGCAGAUUGGGAGGCAGAAGUCUCCAAGCCCGCCUCUUUUUGGUUUGGUGAGGGUUGUGCUGGACACAAAUGGUUUGGGGAGCCUGGUUUCUCCCACGAAGGAAUGUGAAGAUACUGUCCAAUGCAGCAGUCAGCAGGAGAAGAGCCUCAAGCCGAUGGAGCUCUGGAGUUUUCUUUUGGGGGGUAGGGUUCAUUCAUCCUAAUGCAUUUUGGAUUUUGAUGCUCUGGACCAGUUUGACUUCAGGGCAUACCAGAUUGAAUUACCACCCCUCAGUGCUAGAAGGUUCAGAUGAAAUCCAGUUAAUUGAAGAUGGACCUUUUGCAGAUUGAUCCUUGAAAUGUAUUGAUCCAGACGGAAUGACUCUCUUUGGAUGGAUGCUCAUGGAAAUUGUUUUGACGGUCAGUAGGAGAGGCUGACCUUUAUUCCAGAGGAAGUUCCUUGCUUUUAGAAGAGUAGAGCAGGACUACACAGCUUUGGGGGAGUCUUCUGUCUUGUCUGUCAGAACAUUGCAAAAAAAAGGCAGUCUCACCUCCUAACCGGAAAAGUGAGUCACUUGGGCUUUGGCCUCUUAGAGCCAAUUUCCAAUCGGCCUUCCCUAUUCCACUUGCACGGUGGUGUGGGGGCACCAUGGCUGGCAUGAGACUCCGGGAUCUGGCAUCCUCCGAGCUGUACCGACGCCGGCAGGAUCGGCAGAGCAGCACUGGCUUGUCCCUGAAUGGUGGGGCAGAAACAUCCGGGAUACUUGGUAACAUGUCCGAUGCCCUGGCAAACGCCACCUGUCAGCGCUGCCAGGCCCGUUUUGAUCCGUCCGAAAGGAUUGUGAAUAGCAACGGGGAGCUGUAUCAUGAGAAUUGUUUCGUGUGUGCCCAGUGCUUCCGGCAGUUCCCAGAUGGACUCUUCUAUGAGUAUGAAGGUCGAAAAUAUUGUGAACAUGAUUUCCAAAUGCUGUUUGCUCCCUGCUGCGGGACAUGUGGUGAAUUCAUUAUUGGCCGCGUCAUCAAAGCGAUGAACAACAAUUGGCACCCAGAAUGCUUCCGUUGCGAAUUGUGUGAUGUGGUUCUUGCUGAUCUGGGCUUUGUGAAGAAUGCUGGGAGGCACCUAUGUAGACCCUGUCACAAUCGGGAGAAAGCCAAGGGCCUGGGCAAGUACAUCUGCCAGAAAUGCCAUCUGAUUAUUGACGAGCAACCUUUGAUGUUCAAGAAUGACUCUUACCAUCCAGAUCACUUCAACUGUACCCACUGUGGGAAGGAACUGACUGCAGAGGCCAGAGAGCUGAAAGGGGAACUUUACUGCCUGCCUUGCCAUGACAAGAUGGGGAUUCCCAUUUGCGGAGCUUGUCGGAGGCCCAUUGAAGGCCGUGUGGUCAAUGCCCUAGGAAAGCAAUGGCACGUGGAGCAUUUUGUCUGUGCCAAAUGUGAGAAACCAUUCCUGGGUCAUCGGCACUAUGAGAAGAAGGGCUUGGCAUACUGCGAGACGCAUUACAACCAGCUCUUUGGGGACGUCUGCUACAACUGCAGCCACGUGAUCGAGGGCGAUGUGGUGUCAGCCCUCAACAAGGCCUGGUGUGUGAACUGCUUCUCCUGCUCCACCUGCAAUAUUAAACUCACGCUGAAGAACAAAUUUGUGGAGUUUGACAUGAAGCCUGUCUGUAAGAAAUGCUAUGAGAAGUUUCCUCUGGAGCUGAAGAAAAGGCUCAAGAAACUGUCUGAACUGGCCUCCAGGAAAGCUCAUCCCAAGUCUGUGGAUUCAAAUUCUUUCUGAGGCCUCUGCUUGGAUUCUGUCCACAGCAUGGCGGGGCGGAUCUCUUCCUCCCUGUCUGCUCCUCACCUGUGUGCUUCCUCUCCUCUUCCUUUUCUCCUCCCCUUUCUAUUCCUUCUGCCUUCUCCUUUCUGCCCCCUUUCCUCCACAUUUGUCGUCCUCUUCCUGAAGUCUCUCACACACACUGCCCCGAGAGCACCUGCUGCAGCAGAAUCUGUUGAAGGCUGCAAAAAUAGAGGAAAAGCGAGGAUCUCGGAUGGGAUUGAAACGUUUUAGCCCACUCCUAUAGUCCACCACUCCUUUGCUACUGAAACAGUCUCUGGCAUCCCCCACCUCUAGUUUCUGGGAUCCUCUUGGAGGUUUUUUUUAGCAACAACCAGGUUGAGUUUGAACCACCCAGCAAAUAGGAAAACAACUAAAAUUUCCUUGAUGUUUAGAAGUGCUCCAGACACAUGAGGUCCUCAUUUAUGGGCCUGACUACAAAUCCUUUGGGAGUCACGGCUCCUUUUUGUUUUCAUUCCUUGGGAGAUCUUGUGGCUCAAUGGGCGAUGGGCUCCCCAUUCUCUUUCUCUCUCUCCCUGGUUUCAUUACCAUCUCACUGAGUUCUGUUCUUCCUUUAGGGCAACGUGUCUUGACUUGAUUUCAGGACUUGAAUGGGAAUGAGAAAAAAUAUCCUUCCUGCCCCAUAUACCUAGUUUCCUCUGUGAUCCUACAUAGUUUAUGCUUUUAAAGCCAUAAUUCUGUAGAGGGGUUCCUAGGCUUUACCAGACCCCUAAAAGGGUCCAUGACAUCAAAAAUAUGAAGAUCCUCUGCUUUCGGGCCACACGAGACUGUCCAAAUGCCUUACUGCUAACUAUGCAGAGGUGACUUUUCCACUCCCUGAUGCUUGGCCACCUUGCAGCUGGUGUGGUCCAGCUGAAUUUGGUUUAAUUAAACAAGUCUUCAUUGAGAAUGCAGAGUCCUGCGCUAGAGAAUAUAGCGGGGCCAAGUGAAGGCAAAAUAACUGUCCCCAUCUAUAGAAUGCUCUAAAGUUUCCAUUGCAACAUCCGCGGGAGAAGACCUAGUCCUUUCCCUUUAGGAGAUCACAAUCCAGUUGGGGAAACAAGACUUGAACUCCUAAGGAAUUUAGGAACCCAUAACUUCUAACAAGAUAAAGAAACGAAGGCUGUACACCUUAGGUGUUCUAGGAAGGCCGCAGACACCCACCCCAGCAUGGUCAGAAAGAAGGAAGCAGGACCUGGCUGGGCCUGGCAGGAUGGACAAGUGUUGGAGAGAAGAAGCAGAGAGCUGAUGGACCCAGUGUUCCAGUGUGCCAUGAUGAAAGGCUGGCCAUUGGAAGUCUGGGUGCCCGGGUCAGACAAAUCACAGUAGGUCCAAGCUUUCGUCUAUAAGACCAUGCUUUAGAGGGGGAAGUUACGGUUAAACUCUUCUCACCAGGCCCUCUGCCUGUUGACUCUUCAGGGUCUUAGGGAGGGGUUAGAUAGUCUAUGUUCCCCUGGAAUUUCAGUGGCUUUAGCCAGGCCCAAAGUGGGGUGUGAAGCAAGGGAGUUUGGCAGGAAGGAGAUGGGGGAAGAGCAAGAGAAAAGAAGGUGACAUCUGUAGGAUAGACCGAAACCAUCAACUGCCAAGACCUGAGUGAGUACCUCUGUGUCUAGCAUUAUCCCCAAAGGUUGCUUGCCCCAAGAGAGUAGAGGAAUAAAUGGACAACCCGAGGGUAGACUCAUCUGACCCCAAAUGUGAACCCCCUGUAUUGGGGACAGGAACCUUCCCUCUCAUAUCGCUCAGCACCAGCACAUCACAGAGUAUCAUUAGAGAAAGACAGAGCCAGGGGGACCUUGGAGGUCAUCCAGUGCAGUCCCUGUGUUUGACAGAUGAGCAAAAUGAGGCACAGAGAGGGGAAAAUUUGCUUAAGGUUACAAGGGGACUUGAACUCAGAUCUGGCCCACUUUGCCAUAUGCCAUGCUGCUUCACUGUACUGACUUCAUGAUGAAACGCUAUCUGACCCUUUUACCUUUAUACUUUAGUAUUCCUAUUUAUUAUUAUUUGCAUAUGGACAGCACAUAGGAUGGAAAGCAUUCCUGUGCACUGAGUCACAAAGCCUAAGCUGCUUGGAGAACCUAGACUAGCCAUUCCUACACCUCUCGGUACUUACAGACUGAACACAUGCAAUGGUUUCUUAUCCUUCCCUCCAACCAUUUGGGUCAGGAUAGCUGUCACCGGAUUGGAUUCAGGAUCACUUCCUGACAAAUGGGCCUUCUCUGGCCAGAGGGAAGACUCACAGAUUCCUCAAAUGGUAGAUUUAAAGAAGCCUUAUGUACCAUCUUAUCCAUCCUCAUUUUACAGGUGAGGAAGCCGAGGCCUUGAAAGAGUGAAGUCACUCUUCCAGGAUCCCAUAUCUAGUUAGGACGAGAAGCAGGUUUAGAACCCAGGGCUCCUGAUUCCCAGCUCCCUGUUCUUUCCACUACACAGCACUGCUGUCAUUUGUCCUCAGGUCUGGAGUGGAGUAAGAGCAAUUAUUAGACACAGAGGAAGGCCAUAGCUCAGACUCAUGGAUGCUCCCGUGUUGAGAUUGACCUUGUAUGAGUGCAUGGUCACAAGGGCGGCAGAAAGAACAUUUCCAUGGAGUCCUGGGUGGUGGAUCCCUUUGGAAAUGUUGGUUCGAGGCUACUGGACCCAAAUCACUACUGUAAUCGUGUAUGUAUCAGUGUUACCUAGCAACCACAAUACAUGAGAUAUAUCGUAAUUCAUUUUCAUUGCUUUGCACAAUAAAGAUUUGCAAGAACAAAGGUGGUUGUGAACUCAUGAAAUAACUUGGAAUGACUUGGAGCCUCAGCAGAACGUGCUUACCCACCCCCAAUCCCCAAGCACAAUAAAUGAAUAAAUGGCUUCCAGGGCUUGCGUUUCAGAGUCCAGCUGUGGUGAUACUUGACUGGUCCUUUCCUAGCAGGGACUUAUCCUGAACCCUUUCCCAUUCUAUAAGAGAUGCCCAGUUAUGUGAAAGAAAAGGAGAACAACUGGGAGCAAGUGUGGUAGGGAAGAGGGAUACCAUGUUUUCUAUAAAGUUAGCAUGGAAAAUGGCCCAGAGUUAGCAAGAGGAGAAAAGGUCUUGUAUGCCCAAGGAAAAAGGGGCUGGAUAUUCAUUUGGGACCAGUCCUUUCCCCUUAAGAGUUUUCUCUGGGCAGACAACAAGGCUGGAGCUACACAAUCUCAACUGUAUAAAUGGAGAUUUUGAACCUUUGACUUCAUUCCCCAGAAGUCCUUAGUAUUUCCCCAAAUUCCCUAUAACCGCUCUUGUGUCUCCACAUUGGCAAGAUCACGUUAUUGGUAUUUAACUGGUAUAACUCCUCCCAUGCCCUCUUUGGCUUGCAGCCAGGGGUGAUGUUGGUAAGUUGAUAAAGUGGUAAGCUGAUAAGUUUGAAAUCAGCCAUGGGCAUGUGGUUUUUAUAUUGUAUCCUCUUUAUUCCUUGAUUUCUAACAAUCAUUUUAAUAAACCUCCUAAAUUGUAA